AUGGUUUCUAAAAUUAUUACGUCACUGGCAACUCCAGAACCGGAAAUUCUCACUGUCAUCCGUUUGAGUAAACCUGUAUCCAAAAUUGAAAAGCCGCGUUCUAUCAAGUUAGUCCUGGCCAAUAAAGAUAAUGCUAUAAAUGUUCUGAAAAAUAAAGGUAAGCUGCCAAACUGUGUUAAGGAGGUUAAGAUCAUCAAGGAUAAUUAUGUAACCAAGACGCACCUAGAAGAGCUAAAGAAAGAUAAAUCUUUCUUAAAAACAUCCACAUCACCAGCUCAUCAUCAUAAGGUAGGUAGAAGGUGCAGUGCAUUCUUGUUGGAUGUGGGUACUACGUUCGGCGACAGUGGGCCGAUGGGCUUGUCGCACGAGUUAUCAACAGCUGAUGUACCGUUACAAACAACUGACGUACAGACAGAGACGGAAAAGAUAGCUAUCGCACAAGUAGCUAGUCGUGCUCGUGAUAGUGUCGAUGCACUCGCACCUGUGUCAGAUAUGCAUAAGGCUGACCUCUUUACAUCUGGAGGCGUGACUGCUUAUAACGGUGCGGAUGGGCGGCAAUCAUUCAGCGCAGGAGGCGCUAAAACAACUCCAAUUCCAAUGCAGAACUCACCGAGUAAAAGCAGGAUGAAUGAUGACAAAACAAUUGUAGUGAAUAAGUUCUCUAACAAUAAUAACGCAAUAAAAGAUACAUCUUGUGAUGGUAAUUUUCAGUCUUCGCUAACUAUGGCCGAAAUAUUGAAAAAAGGUGAAGCUUGGAAAAAUGAAGAACCGCCAGAGGCCUGGAUAAAAGUUCAAAAGCGCAGAUUGCGUAACCGUUUUAUAGGAGUUUAUGAAUUGUUGUAA